UAAGAGGAGUGAGAGGGUGGACUGAAGAAUGAAAGGAGAAUGAGGAAAUGGAGGAGAAUAAGGAGAGAGAUGUGAGGGGUGAGAAAGAACAAUAACAUGAGAAAAAAAGGAGAAAAGAAAUUAGAAAUGAGGGGUGAAAACAAAAAACAAAGAGUAAAUGAGAAAAGGGAGAAAUAGUGAAAAAAGGAAGAGAAGAAAAAAAAAAUAAGUUAGCCGUAGUUUUGAAAAAGCUCUCAACCCCAUUUUCGAGACAACCGCACUCUUUCAUCUUCUUCGACGCCGGUGGCGGUACCGUUCGCCAAGAAUGAAAUCCUCUUAUGUUUGCUCAUUUCCACUUCACUCUUCUACCAUUGUUUUCUCUUUUGUCUUCUGGUUCAGCUUUUUCGCCGCGUCCUUUUCUUUUCACCAUUCAUCAACCGUUGUUUCACCUAUGUUUGUAUCUACUCCACCAUUUCUCGACGCUUCACGCCAUCUACUCUGCUCGGUCAGUCGUCCUUAAUAUGGAUCUGAGUUCUCCUCAAAUGAAAGCUCAUCUUUUUUAGUUGGGUCUGCUGAUGUUUCAACACAAGAUCUACCUCUCCUGUGGGGGAUGACGACCAUUUCUCUGACGGGACCCUCCAACACGGCAGGGCACAUGAAACACCUCCGAUCUGUCCUAUCGGCAUACCCGACUGCUCUGAUUUACUACAUGACAGCUCUCUGCUCCUCAUCCGUCAUUCAACUCUCCACCUCCGAUAAUCGUUCGUCCAAGCCUCCGUUCGAUGCACCUUAUGUUAUAUGUGCUUUCAUGUUAAACUUGAUAGAAUUAGAUGACAAGCUGUCUUGGGUGGUUUCAUUCAAAUCUCCAUGGAUUCAAUACGGUAAUGUUGGAUUCCAGAAUCUCUGGGUGAGCUCAACCUACCUUUGCUCUUCAAUUUUCGUCAAGCUCCCACAUCAGGUCAUCGCAAGCUAUUCUGGUACCAGCUCCUAUGCUGCCGCUAUUCCGCUCCGGUCUUGCCCAAAUCCCUUAUCCUCUGCCGCGACACAGCCUCUCACCCUCCUCCCCUCAGUGAUCAACCAUUCACCUCUGCCAUGGCUUAGCUCACGCCGCCUUGACUCCGACAAAAGUUCAAACUGUGGCUUUGCUUUCUCCAAAUGGAUUUGGGACCUUUGUCAAGUGAGGUAUGGCCCCAACCUAAUGGCCAAAAGGCAUACACUUCAAAAUUAAUCUAGUACUUCUUCUCCUGCUUACCUCCGGUUCACAUUGCCUUCCCUCUUAUGGGUUAUUCCUUGCGAGUCCUUCUUUUCCAUUGCCGCUUUUCAUGGUCACCGAGUCUCGAACAGUCAUGAAGAGUAUCUCUGUCUAUUUGGAAAUGACAAUUACGAUCAAGCGCGACGAGUAUUCUGCUCUUUUUGACCAAGGCAUCUUAAUGGAGUUUGUUUCUUGCGCAUUCAGCGUCAAAUCUAGAAGUAAAAGAUCUUUGAAUCACUCUCAAAUCUUUUUAUUUGGGUAUAUCAACCUCAUUUUUGACUUCUAUAUGUUUUAUCGAACAACAGUUCUAGGGUGUCAAUUGAAGAUUUUCUCCGGGUUUCUUCAUCCCUUUAACUCAUA